CCAUCAUUCAAGAUUCCCACCACUUCCAUCUUCUUCUCAAAAACCCAUUCUUUCGAUUCUUUCAUUAAUUAAUCAUGCCUCCUCCAAGAAAGCUUCUUGAUUUCUCUAUCCCAUUCUUCUUCUUCCUCUGUCAAUCGGCACUAGCUUCACCGUCCAACGUUAAAUUCGAUUUCCAAUCCUUAUCUCUCCGAAACCUUACACUCCUAGGCGACUCCUACAUCCGCAACGGCAUUGUCGGACUCACCAGAGAGCUCGGCGUCCCCACCUCCAGCUCCGGCACAAUCAUCUACGACGACCCAAUACGUUUCUUCGACUCAGAAUGGAACACCACUGCCUCUUUCUCCACAAGAUUCACUUUUUCAAUCCAGAACAUCAAUCCCACUUCCUAUGGGGACGGCCUAACCUUCUUUCUCUCUCCCGAUAACCAAACUCUAGGCAGUCCUGGCGGAUACUUGGGUCUUGUUAACUCAUCCCAACUCACCAAGAACAGAUUCAUCGCAAUCGAAUUCGACACUUGCCAAGAUUUGCAUUUCGAAGACCCAAACGGAGACCAUGUGGGUUUUGACAUUGACAGUCUCAUUUCGAUCAGAACGGCAGAUCCCGUCUCUCAGGGAAUUGAUCUCAAGAGCGGAAACUCAAUAACAGCUUGGAUUGAUUACAGAAACGAUAAAGAAUUACUCAAUCUUUACUUAAGCUACAACUCUUCCAAACCCGAAACGCCUCUAUUAACUGUGGAAACAAAUCUAUCCGCUUAUCUCAAAGAAUUCAUGUACGUGGGUUUUUCCGCUUCCACAGAAGGAAGCACGGAGCUUCAUUUAAUAGAAAGCUGGAGCUUCAGAACUUCCGGACUUCAUCCCGGAGAUCCGUUAACUCCGCCCCAUAACGUCUCCGACAAUUCCGUUAUCAUGCCUCCAAUUCCAAUUCCAAUUUCCACCUCCCCCAACAAACAUAACAGACGGAUCGGUUGGGCAUUCGGGAUUGUCGGCCCAGCCUUCUUCUGUUUAGUCCUGAUCGUUUUAGGGUGGGUCUCGAUCAAGAAAUGGAGAAACAUCACUUCAGACAAUAGCUUCAAAGCAGAGCUUGUAACCGCCCCAAGACAAUUCUCGUAUGGACAGCUCAAUUCCGCCACCAAGGGAUUCCAUCACAGCCGAAUAAUCGGAAGGGGGGCUUUCGGCACGGUUUACAAAGCCUAUUUUCAAGCCCAUCGUUCGGUUUCGGCCGUGAAGAGAUCAAAACACGCAACCCACGAAGGGAAAACCGAGUUCAUGGCUGAAUUAAAGAUAAUCGCUUGUUUGAGGCAUAAGAACUUGGUUCAACUUCAGGGCUGGUGCGUGGAGAAAGGCGAAUUGCUUCUGGUGUAUGAAUUCAUGCCCAACGGUAGCCUCGACAGGGUUCUCUACCAGGAAUGCGAAGAAGGAAUAAACCCUCUGGAUUGGGCACAGAGAUAUAAUAUUGCGAUUGGGUUAGCCUCUGUAUUGGCUUAUCUGCAUCAAGAAUGCGAACAGCAGGUGAUUCAUAGAGAUAUAAAGACGAGUAAUGUGAUGUUGGAUGCUAAUUUCAACCCGAGGCUGGGAGAUUUCGGGCUGGCUAGGCUUAUGGAUCACGAUAAGAGCCCUGUUUCAACUUUAACAGCUGGAACGAUGGGUUAUUUGGCUCCGGAGUAUCUUCAAUAUGGGAAAGCAACGGAAAUGACUGAUGUUUUCAGCUAUGGAGUUGUGAUGCUUGAAUUGGCUUGCGGGAGGAGGCCUAUAGAGAGGGAUGUGAAUGAUUCGAGCAAGAUGAUGAUGAAUUUGGUGGAUUGGGUUUGGGGGUUGCAUUCAGAAGGGAGGGUUGUUGAGGCGGCGGAUCGUAGUCUGAAGGGGAGGUUUGAAGGGAGCGAUAUGGAGAAGCUUUUGAUGGUGGGGUUGAGUUGUGCGAAUCCAGAUAGUACGGCUAGGCCUUCUAUGAGGAGGGUUUUGCAGAUAUUGAAUGAUGAAGAGGCUCCGCCUUUGGCUGUGCCUAAGAUGAAGCCCAGUCUUACUUUCUCUUGUAGCUUACCCAGGAUGGAAGAUAUUGUAUCAGAUGAAGAUGAUGAUGAUCAUCAUCAUGAUGAACAUGAUCAUGAUGGGAAGGAGUUGAAGGUUAUUGAGAUAUGAGGAUUGAUUGAUUGAUUGAUGCUAAUGAUCAUGAUGAUGAUGGUCUGGAGUUGAAGGUUAUUGAGAUAUGAAGAUGGAUUUGAUUUUGUUGGUCAAUUCUUUAAUUUGUUGUUCCUUUCAUAAUGUUCUUUUUUGUUUGAUUUGUUUGGGUGCUGCUUUUGUUGUUGUCUGUAUGAAGAAUAUUGAGAGUUCAAACUCACAUUAUUGAA